UCCGUCAUAGCUAUGAAAACCACGGACCAAUCAGAGUGGUGUGUGAAUGACAUGAGUGUGAUCUGAUUGGCCGACUCCGUCCGUGAGCUCAGUAGUAAUGAAUGGCAGAUGACUGCGCGCACGCGCUGCCGCACAGAGACGCUUUGCAGGAGAUUUGAACGAGCUCGUGACAGUCAGCCGAGGAAUCUCACCCGCGCGCAUUAAGGCUUCACCAUGACAACGGCGGCUCACGCGCAGGAGCUCUUCAGGCGCGCGCAGGCCGUGUGCUUUGACGUGGACAGCACCGUGAUCCGCGAGGAGGGCAUCGACGAGCUCGCGAAGUUCUGCGGCGUCGGGGACGCGGUCACGGAGAUGACCCGGAGUGCCAUGGGCGGCUCCGUCUCGUUCCACACAGCUCUGAGUGAGCGUCUGUCCAUCAUCAAGUGUUCGAGGGAACAGGUCAACAAACUGCUGACGGACCACCCGCCGCAGCUCACGCCGGGGAUCAGGGAGCUGGUGGAGCGUCUUCAUCAGCGCGGCGUGAAGGUCUUCCUCAUCUCCGGCGGCUUCCGCUGCAUCGUCGAACACGUGGCGUCGCAGCUCCACAUUCCCCUGGACCACGUCUACGCAAACCGCCUCAAGUUUUACUUCAACGGCGAGUACGCUGGGUUCGACGAGUCUCAGCCCACGGCGCAGUCGGGGGGGAAGGGCGCGGUGAUCCGGGGUCUGAAGGAGCGCUACGGCUUCGAGACGGUGGUGAUGAUCGGAGACGGAGCCACUGAUCUGGAGGCCUGUCCUCCUGCGAGCGCGUUCAUCGGGUUCGGGGGGAACGUGGUGCGGCAGCAGGUGCGGGAGCAGUGCUCGUGGUACGUCACCAGCUUCGGGGAGCUGCUGAAAGAGCUUGAGAAGAUCUAGUGGAGCACAGACCCCAGUCAGCACCAUCUUUGUGCCUUUCCUAGUUUUUAUCUAAUUUUUAAUGUCGAUAUGUUUUAGUUUACUGAAAUGGUUGUUUAAAUAGAACAUAUUGCAAGAGGCCAGUUUUUCUGUGAUUGAACCUGAUUAACACUAACAACUGUAUCCAUACUUGAAGAGAACUCUUAUAACAGUGAAUAAAACCAAGUAACAGCCGUCGGCCGUCUUUUAUGUGUGUGAACAUGACACGACUUGGAUGAUCAUUUAUGAUUUAUUGAAUACAGUGUUUAGUUGAUUUGAAAUAUUUCUGUGCUGUUAAAUCCCAGAAUGAGACCAGCGUACAGUAGAUUGCGCAUGCGCACAGGAAACAAAAUCAAUCUAGAAACCGAAACACAGAAGGCAUGUAAAAUGUAGAAA